AUGGCCACGCAGAACGCCCAGGUGAAGCGCCUGGACGACCCCUUCGGCGCCUUCGUCGUCGACGGCUUCAACUUCGUCAGGGCGUUCCCGGACGUGCGCCACUGGCUGCUGACGCACGCGCACUCGGACCACACGUGCGGCCUCCGCGCGAACUUCGACGCGGGCACGAUCUACUGCAGCACCAUCACGAAGCGGCUCGUGGCGCGCGAGUUCCCGGGGCGCCUGGGCGACCGCAUCGAGACGCUGGACCCGGGCGCGUCCGUGACCGUGGGGCGGACGACGAUCACGGCGAUCGACGCGGGCCACUGCCCCGGCGCGGUGCUCUUCCUGCUGGCCCACGAGAGCGGCGCGACGGCGCUGCACACGGGCGACAUGCGCGCUUCGCCGGCCGUCACGGAGGAGACGAAGAAAGCGUUGGCGGGCCGCGCGGUCGACGUCUUGUACCUCGACACGACGUACGCCGCGCCCCAGAACGACUUCCCGUCCCAGGGCGAGGCCUGCGCCGUCAUCGCCGAUGUGGUCACACAGGAGCUGGCGCGCGAGCCGAAGACGCUCUUCCUCGCCAACGCCUACUCCGUCGGCAAGGAGAACGCGUUCGACGCGGCGAUCCGCGCGUCCGGCGGCCUGGGCUACGUGAGCGGGCGCCGCGCGGAGAGCCUG